AUGGUUCACAUCAUCGAUGCAUGGGUUAUGCGCGAUCUCGAACAACACUCCAGUUCGUGCAACGACUAUAUUGAGAAGCCUGGGGUUCUCGGUAGACCAAAACGGCAUCUAGAGUCAGAGGAGUAUUUUGAUCUGCCUGGGACAUUUUGGAAGCCUCUGCAGCAACUCGAGAUCGAUCCCCUCGAGUGUCUACGUGAGCUACAGAGGAGGCGCAUGUGUAAACAUUCAGGCGAACUCUCAUGUCGUCAGCUUCCGUGUAGGAGCGUACUCGAUAAGCAGCAAGAACGGGCCAUCGAGGAGUUAUGGGACUCGUUCAGAGCAAUCUUUGGGCUCCCACCACUCUGCACGGUAGAACCGUUCCAACCAUAA